AUGGAAGGCGAGCAUUCUAAACGGCCUAGACACACCAAGUCGUCGGUUCAACGUUGUAGGUCUCCCACACCACCGUCUAGGUCCCCAUCACCUCCACCCAAUCCGACACAUGGAGGUGUGGUUUGUUCCGGGCCAAUUCAAGUUGCCAAACUUGAGGCCUUUCUCCAAUGCACUCAUACCAUUCAGAAGUUUGCGCAUGUUACAUCUCUCUGUGAGAUGCACAUCUAUAAUCAAGUCCACCCCUUGUUCCGGAACAAUGGAUGGGAAGGGUUUUUGCGGGUCCAUGAGCUCAGUUACAAAAUCCCGAUAGCCGAGUUCUUGUCUUCACUCUAUUUGGACCACGGGGUAUUACAUUUUCGGCUUAUGAACCACGAUCAUGCCCUAUCCCUAGAUCAAAUCAACGCCAUAGUUGGGGCCCCCACAGAAAACACCUUUAGCCCCAAUGACCCACUCCCAGGAUACAGUGAGCUUACAUGGUGGAAUUACCUUACACAUCAACAUCCAUAUGUAUCAAGUUCUACUAAAGCCUCGUCUCUCAUCCACCUUGUGAUGAAAGUGGCUCAUAGGAUUAUUGCUUCACUUGUCGUCCCUAAAGAACAAAGAAGCACCAUUAGCGUUCUUGAGCUCAAAAUACUCUAUGUGAUGGCCCACCCGUACAAUAACCUCGUUCCUCAUUAUGGCUCAUUCCUUUGCAACAAGCUAACCCGCCUCAACACAUCAUGGUCCGAAAAAAUUUAUUGUGGUGGAAUUGUUAGUUUGUUUGCUAAAAGUGCUUCAGUCCGGGCCCCAUAUCCCGAAAUCCACCAAGCUCUGCCCGGUGAGCCCUUCCUUACCAUGGCAGCACUCGAGAGCAUGAGGAUGUUUUGGACGGAGGAUGGGAACCACAAUUGCACCAUGGGCCAAAAUCACCACCCCAAGGCUCCUCAUCACUCCCAAAAUCGGAGCAUCCUUGCCCUCAGGCGGCCUACUAACUUCACAAACUAG